AUGUCAGGAAAAAUUGGGGUGGAAAAACCUGCAAUGCAGAAGCUGCUGAGAGAUACACAUGAAGUGACUGAGCCAUCCAUUCUGGUGACUGACUCAAACACCAUCCACGUUUGGUAUUUGCCAGAUGCUCUCAGCCCAAAAAGAAGGGCUGACAUAUGGAACUGCCUUCAUCUUCUGAGGGAACCACUGUGGGAGAGCAUAAAGGCUUCCCCACAGGCAUGGCAGAUGGACAAGUCAUAUUUCUGCAAUAAUGCUGAGUUGAAAGGCACCAUCAACCUGUCACCCACAUGGUUUCAACAGGGUCAUGGGCCCCAAAAUGGCUUCCUGGAAGCCUCACAGGCUGCUCAAAUCCAGGACAGAAAACACUUCUACAAGGGAAUGGAUGGCAGGGAAGUGUUGACCUGCCUUGGCAAACAGGCAGAACAGUGGGUGGAUUCAGAUAUGAGCUCCAUACUGCUGAUAUGGAGCUCCACAUAUAGCAGCAUGUCUGUGAUGCUGUGCUACAACCCAGGGAUGAUCAUUGCAUUUUCAGGUUCAGCAUUGGAGCAUGGGGUGGGAGCUGUAGACAGUGACAGAGCAUGCCCAGCAUACUACAUGUGUGCCAAUGAUAUGCUGGCUCUUGAACUUUGGAUGGGUGGUGUUGCCAAGAUUUUGCAAAUGGGCAGGUGCUUUGACAUCAUAGAUUGGGUGGGUACUCAGAGCUAA